AUGGCUUCCCCGCAGGAUACAAUCGAAGUCAUGAACUCGAUAUCCCCGUUACAUAUGUCCAAUGGACACGAUGAAUCAUUUGCAAGGUCCUCGCCAUCAAAUGAUGACGCACCAGGCGAAAGCGAGUCAGAACUAUCCGAUGUUGGCAACCCUACCGUCGAUGAACCCUCACCGGCUUCCUCAAACCAACAACCAAUGUUUGGUGGUCAAGAUUCCGAUGCAACUGAAGACUCGUCACCUGAAGAUCAAGAACAAUCCGAUGACGCGGAUUUUGAUGAAGAAGAAACUCCUGCGGCUGCAGCUUUCAAUGGCCAACGAUCAGAGCGUUCGAGCACUGUCGAGUCGUCGCGUCCUGCUAAACGCAAGCCGGGCGUCACUGAUCAAGAUCGGUACAUGCUAGAGAAUCCCGAACUAUAUGGUUUACGGAGAAGUGCGCGUCCAGCACAAACUCGAACUAUUGUUGAGUCUGAUGAUGAUGAGGAAGAGGAAGAAGAUUCCGAUGCUGUUGCAGCUCAUAGGAAUAAGCGUAGGAAGCCAGAGCGCUCCCAACAAUCUUCCAAACGCCAAACACCAGCUCUGCAAUCUGCAUCUGCCUCUGAUACCGACGAAACCGAGGAUUACGGUAGCUUACGAGCACGAAAUACUAUCAAGAAGAAUCGACGCCGCCAAUUAGAGACCGGCAACAUUGCUCUUCAAUAUCAAGAGAAGCGGUGGAACAGCCGUCGUGCUGCACAGGUCACAACCGGUGCUUACCAAGAAAGCGAUCCCGACUUGGAAGAUGAAUCUGAAUUGAUGACCCCAAUCCAGUGGGCGGAAGAUGUCGAAGAUACCUCACCAUAUAUCGAUGUUGUCUUGAAGCACAAGAUUAAAGCUGACAGAGAUGUAAAAGAUGAGAACCUUACGAAGGACGAUUUUGAGUACUAUAUCAAAUGGCAGGGCAAAUCGCACUGUCAUGCUACUUGGGAGACAACAUCCACUUUGGCUGGAGUUCGUGGUUUCAGACGCCUCGAAAACUAUUAUCGAAAAAUCGUUAUCGAUGACAUCUACAUGACACAAGGUGCUGAGAUACCACCGGAAGAGAAAGAAAAGUGGAUGCUCGAUAGAGAGCGUGAUGCAGAUGCCCUGGAAGACUACAUAAAGGUCGAAAGGGUUAUUGGCUCGCGAGAAGGUGAUGAGGAAACUGAAUACUUCAUAAAGUGGAAGGCUCUAUACUAUGAAUCUUGUACAUGGGAGACUGCCUCUUUUAUCAGCGAGAAGGCUCAAGAGGCUAUCGACCACUUCUUGGAUCGCAGCUCAAGAUCUCUGGUCUCAGACCGAAAGGAGUCGAACCCAGACACCAGAAGCCCUCACGUUCCUAUUCGUGAGCAACCGGAUUACAUCAAGAAUGGUCAAUUGCGAGAUUUCCAGAUUACAGGUCUUAAUUUCCUGGCUUACAACUGGUGCAAGAACAAGAAUGUCAUUCUUGCUGAUGAAAUGGGACUUGGCAAGACUGUCCAAACUGUCGCUUUUAUGAAUUGGCUCCACAAUGAUAGAGGCCAAGAAGGUCCACAUCUUGUCGUGGUACCUUUGACAACCAUUCCUGCUUGGGCUGACACCUUUGAUAAUUGGGCGCCAAGUCUUAACUAUGUUGUUUACAAUGGUAAAGAGUCAUCUCGUCAGAUCAUACGUGAGUAUGAACUGUUAGUUGAUGGAAACCCCAAGCGUCCAAAGUUCAAUGUCCUACUCACAUCUUAUGAGUACAUUCUGGCCGAUUCUCUUUUCCUGUCCCAAAUUAAGUGGCAGUUCAUGGCCGUCGAUGAAGCACAUCGUCUGAAGAACAGAGAAUCUCAACUAUAUCUGAAGUUGCUCGAUUUCAAGGCUCCCAGUCGUUUGUUGAUCACCGGCACACCGGUUCAAAACACUUUGGGCGAGUUGUCGGCCCUCAUGGACUUCCUCAUGCCAGGCGAAUUGGAAAUUGAAGACAACAUGGACCUAACUGAUGAAGCUGCUGGUGAAAAAAUUGCUGCGCUCACCACCAAAAUUCAGCCAUACAUCCUCCGCCGGACAAAGCAGAAAGUCGAGAAUGACCUCCCUCCGAAAAGUGAGAAAAUCAUUCGUGUCGAGCUAUCAGAUGUUCAGCUGGAUUAUUACAAGAACAUUCUUACUCGCAAUUAUGCAGCUUUGAAUGAAGGUUCAAAGGGUCCAAAGCAAUCGUUGUUGAACAUAAUGAUGGAACUUAAAAAGGCCAGCAAUCACCCCUACAUGUUUCCAAAUGCAGAGGAGAAGAUUCUGAAGGGUAGCGAAAGACGAGACGACCAGCUGAAGGGUUUGAUUGCCAGCAGUGGAAAGAUGAUGCUCCUUGACAGAUUACUUGCCAAGCUCAAAAAGGAUAAUCAUCGUGUUUUGAUUUUCAGCCAAAUGGUCAAGAUGCUGGACAUCCUCGGUGACUACCUUCAACUUCGUGGUUACCAAUUUCAACGCCUUGAUGGUACUGUUGCUGCAGGUCCAAGACGCCAAGCCAUCGAUCACUUCAACGCCGAUGGAAGUAAUGACUUCUGCUUUCUCCUUUCCACACGUGCUGGAGGGCUUGGUAUCAAUUUGAUGACGGCCGAUACGGUGGUCAUUUUCGAUUCGGAUUGGAAUCCCCAAGCUGAUUUGCAAGCCAUGGCUCGUGCACAUCGUAUUGGUCAGAAGAAGCCUGUAAGUAUUUACAGGUUUGUCUCAAAGGAAACCGUCGAGGAAGAGAUUCUUGAGCGUGCUCGUAACAAGCUCAUGUUGGAGUUCAUUACCAUACAACGAGGUGUCACCGAUAAGGAGAAGAAGGAGCUGCGAGAAAAGGCUGCAAAGGCUGGCAAAAUUGAUGAUCCUAAAUCUUCCGAGGAUAUUUCCCGUAUUCUCAAAAAGAGAGGCCAGAAGAUGUUCGAACAAUCUGGCAAUCAGAAAAAGCUUGAAGAGUUGGACAUUGACUCGGUCCUUGAGAACGCCGAAGAGCAUCAGACUGAAGUACCAGAAGGCAUUGUCGCCGAUGGUGGUGAAGACUUCCUUAAGAGUUUUGAAUAUACUGACGUCAAAAUCGACUUGGAAUGGGACGAUAUCAUUCCAAAAGAUCAGUUGGAGGGAAUCAAAGCUGAGGAAGAAAAGCGAGCUCAUGAAGAAUAUCUCGCCAAGGUCGUCGAAGAGAAUGCACCACGUAAAGCAGCCAUGAAAAAUACGGCUGAGAUUGAACGAGAGCAACGGCUUGCAAAGAAGCGCGAGCGUGACCAAGUUAAGCAAGAAGAGCUCGAAGAAAAGAGGGAAGCUCAAGCAAAUCGUUUGGAUCCAAAACGUCCUCUCAACGAAAAGGAAACGAGAAACUUAAUGAAAGCUUACCUACGUUUCGGCUCUAUGGAAGAUCGUGGCGAAGAACUUGUAAAAGAAGCUCGUCUUGUAGGCCGCGAUGAAGACUUGAUGAAAGCUACACUGAAAGCCCUCACCGAAGAAAGUAGCAGACGUCUCAAGGCAGAGACCGAACGGGUUGAAGCACUAGAGCGCGCAACCAAUAAGCCAUUAACCAAAAAGGAUAGAAAAGCAGUGUUGUUUGAUUAUUCCGGAGUCAAGAGAGUCAACGCUGAGACUAUCAUGGAACGUCCAGGCGAAAUGAGAAUGCUAAGAGACGUUGUCGGAAACUGCCCCGAUUUCAAAACCUUCCGCGUCCCUGACGCUUCCAAAGGGGCCCAUUACUCAUGUGACUGGGGUGCAAAGGAAGAUGGCAUGCUUCUUGUCGGGAUUCAUAGGCACGGCUAUGGUGCUUGGACGCAGAUCAGAGACGAUACUGACUUGGGGCUCGGAGACAAGUUGUUCCUUGAAGAACAUCGAGUAGACAAGAAAGAAGAAAGAAGCAAGGCUGAUGAAAAGGUCGCCAAGGCUCCUGGGGCCGUCCAUUUGGUCAGACGAGCCGAUUAUCUUCUAUCUGUUCUGAAAGCCAAGUACUCGGAUAACCAAGCUGCCAAGCGUGCCGUGGAGAAUCAUCAUCGAAACAACAAGAAGCACGAGCGUAAUGGAUCCAGAAGAAGCGAGGCAAGAGGGUCAGUUUCUGCUUCUCCUGCCCCACCGAUCAAGAAAGCAUCUCGACCAUCUGAUCACAGUAGUCGUGAUCGAGAAAGAGAUAGAGCGCGUAGUCACAACUUCAGUGAUUCCCGUGAUUCUCGUCGGGAGAGUGGAGGCUAUGGUUCUUCAACGCCAUUGAAAAGAAAGUAUAGCGACGGAGACGAUGAGAAACAACUAGAACGUCGCCCCAAAUAUCGUAAAUCCGACAAUGGCGAACCUGCACAGAACGAUAUGCUUCGUAAACUCUUCAAGCCAAUCAAGGAGAGCCUUCGACGUCUUCAAAACGGUACAGCGAAGAACAUUCCCAACAAAAAGGAGCGUGCUACUGUCUUGAAGGAGGAGCUGUACAGUACUGGAUUGUUUAUUGACUCUAUCACUGCACCUAAAAAGGAUGGGUCGGUGGACAGUAAACUGAGAGAUAGCCUUUGGGAAUAUGUCAUGACUUACUGGCCCAAUCCAGGACAAUCCACACAGGCAGUGGCAUCCAUGUAUUCGAAAGUCAGGAGGGACAGGUUAGAGUCAAAGAAUUAA